AACAUCAGCAGAAGAAAAGUCGACUUUGGGAAGAUGAUCCUAGAAGAAUGUCUUUUAUUCAAAAUUCACCAUGUUUUAAUAAUAUUCCAGUAUCAGAUUCUGAAUUCCAGAUAGUACAUGAGUUACAAAAACUGUAUGUGGAUAAAACAUUUUGGUUAACCAAAUUGGAUCUGAACAGUGGUUUAUACAUACAUAAUAAUCCACCACAAAUGAUUUUUGGGAAUGAAGUACAAGUGUGGAGUAAAGAUUUGCCUCCAGUUCCAGUAAUUAGGCUUGAUUUUUCUAAACUGACAUCAAAUAAAGGACCAGAUGUAUUAGAAAAGGGAUUGAUAUGUCAAUUAAAAUCAAUUGGGGAGAGGUAUAAUGUUACCAUCACAUAUAUUGAUAAUGUAAAAGAUGCUAUUAGUCAAUUAAUCACAAUUAUAGUUAAUCACAAAGAUAAUAAAUGGAAGAAAGUGGUAAUCCUAAUUGAUGAAUAUGAUUCACCAUUGUUAAGUGUUAUUGAUAUCACAAAAGAAAGCUUGGAAAUUGCAGAUAAAAAUCGUGAGAUAUUAAAGGGUUUCUUUGAAGUAAUAAAAGCAUUACAAGCACACAUUAAGUUUUUGUUUAUUACUGGUGUCACCAUGUUUUCACAUGUCAGUUUAUUUUCAGGUGCAAAUAUCCUUGAGGAUUUGACAAUAUCUCCUGUGUUAUCUGGAGCAUAUGGUUUUACAAAAAAUGAGAUAGAAGAAACAUUUGGAAAUUUAUUAACAAAUAAUUUUAAGAAUCCACAAGAAGUGUUGACUAACCUUCAAGAAAAAUACAAUGGCUAUGCUUGGGAUGCUUCCAUCAAGCCUUUUAGCCAAGUUGAUCAGUAUGGACAUGUCAAAGAUAUUGCAGAUGAAAUUUUUAUCAGUAAAGAUUCAAUUGUUCCUGUUAAAACAGCAUUUAAUCGAAUUAAAACACUGACAGAUCUUCUUAAACAAGAUAGAUUUAAAGAAUUUCUGAUAGAAUUUAAUAGGGAUUUGGGCACCAUCCCAUACAAUACUACUAAUAAAGCACCAAACUAUGAAGGUUAUUAUCAUUCACAUAUGCAUAUGUUGGUACGUUAUAUUGGCCAACCAUUUUGUAGUGAAGAUGCUACAAGUAAAGGUCGAAAUGAUAUGUGGGUAGAAACAGAUAAAGCUAUUUAUUUCAUUGAAUUCAAAUGUUAUAAUCCAUCAAAAACAAGAAAGGAAGAAAAAAUCAACACUUUAAUACAAGAAGCAAUUAAUCAAUUAUUUGAUAAACAAUAUUACAUUAAUCAUUUAGCAUUAUACAGUAAGGUUACAUAUGCCAUUGGAUGUACUUUUUCAACAGAAACAUGA